AUGACAAACCAACUCCCUCGAAACCUGCUCGCCCUCUUCGCACCGCGCCCUCCCCUUCGCUGGGUUCCCCCGGUCGAUCAACCGCAAGAGAAGCGCAAGACGAAGCAUGUUGACGGCGUGGCAUCGUACAUUGAAUCUCUCCAGGACUACAAGAAUAACGACACGUUCGUCUCGACCGAGAGCUGGCUCGAAGCUCGCGAUCGCAAGAAGGAGGAGAAGACGACUGCUGCCAAGCAAUUGCUCGAGGAGGGCCCCAAGAAAUUCCACCCCGAAGAGGAUCCCAACAUCCGCGGUGAUGCGCUAUCGACCAUGGUCGUUGCGCGGCUGAGUUACGAGGCUGAUGAGCGCGACCUCGAAAGACACUUCGGCCGUUUUGGUCCCAUCGCUCGCAUUCGCAUCAUCACCGACACCCACGCUCAUGAGAAGCCGGGCAAGAAAAAGAAACCCCACAGGGGCUAUGCAUUCAUCGUGUUUGAGCGGGAGUCUGAUAUGCAAGUCAAUGUGCUUUCGGUGAUGUGGCCCUCAAGCUUGCCAAGGCUGAGAGUUGCCCACGAUACCGCAUGGGCCCUCAAGCUUGCCUUUGCGACCUCUGCUAUUCUGCAAAUUUUCAUCAUUGUUGUCAGAUCGUGCGAUGGGGAUCGCAUCAAAGGUAAAGCCAUCAAGACUGACGUCGAACGGGGUCGGACCGUUGUAGGCUGGAAGCCUCGAAGGCUGGGCGGCGGCUUGGGUGGUCGAGGCUACUCCAGGAUUGUUCCUUCGCGUCCCAUGGGUCCUCGCGGGUUUGGAGGCGACGGCUUUAGAGGCGACGGCUUCCGAGGAGGCUUCCGAGGCUUUGACGGCGGCCGUGGUCGCGGCGGCGGCCGUGGUGGGCGCGGUGGCUUCAGAGGUGAUUUUGGUGGCCCUAGGGGCGACCGCAGUGGAUACGGCCCUCCGAUGGGUGCACCGUCAGGCCCAGGCUCGGAUAGACGCACCAACGAUCGAGCCUUCUCUGGUUCCGGCCCCGAUGGCCGUGGGCCGCGCUACGAUGACCGACCAGGUGGUUUCCGAGGAGGCGAUGGCGGCCGAUACGGUGAUCGUGACGGCGGUCGACGCACAGGCAGCAACAUGGAACCCAUUGGCAGCCGCCGCGACGGCGGCGGCGGCGGCGGCGGCGGCGGCGGUGGGUAUCGUGAUAGAGGCCCCGAUCGCGAUCGCGAGAGGGAUGGGCACCGGGACAGGGACAGGGACAGGGACAGGGACAGGGACCGUGAUAGGGACCGAGGCUGGGACCGUCGGGAUUAUGAUCGGCCGCGAGACGAUGACAGAAAACGACCCUUCGAGGGAGGGAGUCACGACGACUCACGGAAAAUGCCUCGUUAUUGA